AUGUCAGUUGGUGCACUAUCCAAAACUCACUGGUUCCUCAGGUACGAUAACCAAGCUGAAGUUGAUGAGGUUGUGGGGAAAGUCAUCACUUUCCCCAAGGAUUUAGGUCUUAAAAAGGAUGAAAGACAUGAAAUUGUGCCGUACUUGGCUGACGGGCCAAAAUCAUUCUACCUGUCCAACGCUGGACCAUUCAAAGACCUGGAAAUCCAGGAAUUGAUCGAGAAAAAGUUCGAAGGUCAAAAAUAUUGGAUGGGAAAAAAGAUGUUAGGAUUGAUAAAAACCCCAGAGAGGUUAUUGCUAUUCGAGAAGAGUCAAGGACUCUACUCUUUCGAGGUCGGGGACAAGGCGGGUUUUCUCCUUCGGUUUAGGGCAAUAAACCGAACGAAAAAGUGUGGGUAUUGUGGGAAGGAGCACGAGGGAGGGGCAGGUUCCUGCCCAUUGAUACAACCUUGUGAGCCUAGCUCAGAUUUGAAAAAUAGGCUAGUUAGAAUGCGUAUUUAA